GAGUCGUUCUAGAAUUUAUCUAGAUUCAUUUCGUUUCUACAACUUUUCUAUUGUUUUAUUCUAUUUCUUUUAAUAUUCUUGUAUUUUUAAAUCUCUUAAAUCCUGAAUUCUGACAUCUUACCCCGUACUCUUAUACGGAGUACUAUAAUUCCUACAGCAGUCAACACCGUACCUUAUCGCAUUACAAACACUUUCGCAUUCAGUAUAAACACUCGACCUCACCACGUCAUAUAUAACCCAGUCACUGCCCAAAAAGCAUAGAACCAUUGAACAAGAGAGCCCGUCACUAUCCAGAAAGCAUAGAACCCUUGACCAACAAAACAAGAGAGCAAACGCAAUGGCAUCCAAACAAGAGCAAAAACACAAUCCCCCGCCGGACGACACCAACAGCGACGUGCCCGCACUGACAACAUACAUUACGACCUCCCCCUCCGAGCGCAUCGCCGCGCUGCGUCUCAUCGCCGACAGCGUCGCCCAGCAGCGCCAACAAGCAUGUCGCGCCAUUAUAUUCCACCCGCUGGGCCUAUGCGGGUUCGGUACGCUCUUUGCGACUGUCGUCGCUGUUGUUGCGACAUAUACAACCACCACCACCACCACCACCGCCGCUGCUCAACCCGGCGGCGACAUUUCGCCCUGGUCAGCACUCACCCCCAUCAUGACGCUGGAUUUUUCGGACAAGACGAUAUCAUCGAUAUCAUCGGACCUGCCGCUUGUCCUGACUACGUUUGCGGGCCUCGCCAUGGCUGCGCUCGUGGCCAUGCGCUGGGCGUGUAGUGGAUAUAUUCUCCGCGCCGAGGAAAUUGGAUCCCGUGGACCCGACGGCUUGUUGAGUGCUGUGUCUUUAUCCCAUCAAUUAUCGCAGUCGUCGCAGUCGUCGUCGUCGUCGCAGUCUUUAUCUCGUCCGUCAUCGCACUCGUCGUCGUCGCGGACCCAGACGAACACUCAGACGCAGACGCAGAAACACACAGACGGAACAGAAAUAACAUACCUCGUGACAAAAUACGGCGAGCGUAUCGUCGGCGCGCUCGCGCUCGCAUCAUCUACUGUGCCCAACCCACAAAGUGCCCAACCACAAGACACCCGCCCACAGGGUAUCCGACCAGGGACAGAACAGACCCAGGUCAAGAUCCUAGCGUGGACAGUCCAGCUGCGCUACCGCCGGCACGGGCUCGGUGCGGAUCUGCUCGAACAGAUGGUGCGGCAUGUGCGGGAUGUAUACGGUGCGGAUGUCGCCAUGGCGGGGUUGGAUUUUGCAGAUGAACAUGCCAACUCACUACGAAUCCUCCCAAAGAGAUUCAACUCCCCGUUUGAAAAGAACGAGAAAUGGGCUCGGGAGAAACUCGGGCGCGUCAAAAUUGCGAUUCUUGGAUCACCGAAGGAGUAGGAAUAGAAUAUAUAAAAGGAGGAUGGACUGUAAAAUAUUUCUGUACUAUACUGUAUUAUACUUUAUAUAUUAUCUAUAUCUUGCCAUGUAAAUACACCGAU